CACACCUACUUCCCGGACGACUUCUUUCUCUCUCAUGGACCUCACCACCCGCCAUGAAUCCUCAGUUACAGAGAAACUAGAAACUCUGGCUCCGACCUCAUUCGAUAAAUCAGGAGCUUUCGGCCAAAACCCGUCUCAAAAACCAGGGUCUAUCUCUCUGUCUGAAGAAAAAUCAGGAGCUUUAAGCUCAACCCAAUGUCAGGAAAAAGGUCAUUUCUCUACAUUUGCAGAGAAGCCAGCUGCUCUUAGCCCAACCCCAUUUGAGACAUCAGGUCAAAUCUCUGCAGUUGCGGAUAUACCAGAGAAAUCAGGGCUUGGUCUCUCUGCAUUUCCAACACCCGAGAAACCCAUCGAGCCUCAGCGGAGAUAUGGAACAAAAAAUGUCUCGAUUUCUUCAAAGGAAGCUGAGAAGAUUGGUGCUAAGACCUGUAAAUUGACUAGAGAUCACGAGAAUGUACCCUGUUUUGAAGGAUCUCUUAUUGAUCAGGCUGGAAAAUCCAAAUCCGCAUUGAGAUCUAACAAGAAUAAAGGGACGAAACUCCCAGAGAAAUACGAGAUGCUGGCUGAAUUUAUGGUGAGCAUGGAGUGCUCCAUAAGAUUGCUGCGCCUUAAGAAUACCAUCACUUCUUUCACCAACAUUCGUUCUCAGGUCGAAACCCUCACCAAAAGGAGGUUUACAUAUGCUCACCUAGCUCAGAUAAAGUAUGUAAUGGGUGCUGGAAUAGAGCUUAAGAAGAUACUCUCCCAUGAUGAGAGGACUCUCUGCAUGAAGCCUGAUCUUCUUAUUACUCUUCAGCCCAAUGCCCUGAAAACUUCCAGCGAAACUCAGAAAUUAGGGAUUGAAUCUUUGAUUUUCAGGAAAGUAUUCCGUGCCAGGCUCUCAGAGUUCUUCAAAUCCCACCCUAAGGGAGAUGAAAUUCCUGAGGAAACUCUUCCAGAGCCAUUUAACCAAACGAAGACCUCAAUACUUCCUCAUAUCACCUCAUCAUUAUCUCCAGCUCUUUCCCAGCCCUCUGGCCCCCUUCCAAUGGCAAUCUCUUCCCAUUUUUCUGCUUCUUUCAGGCCACACUUCUCUCAGAGAGUGAAGAAAACUCAUCUUGAUCUUGGGCCAUUAGAGCCUCUUACUGAGAAUUGCUCGAUUCAAAAGCCUUUUGAGAAGGAAAAAGCAUCCAGUUCUGAUUCAUCAGUGCCCCUUGACCCUCUUUCGACAUGCCAAACCAGUGAGAAGGAAUCAUUAGGACCUGAUUCUCCAAAAUUUGAAAUGCUGCUUUCUCGUAAUCCAAAUCUGCACUCUCUUGGUACUCCUCACAAACUGAAAUCACCACCAAAAGUGCAGCCACUGCCUUCUAAAAUGCUUGAAAAAUCUGAGCAGAAGAGAGUGGAAAAUGUAGAAAAUACUCCAGUUAAACUUGUGUCCACUCCAAUUAGAUUAAUGACAAGAACACCAGAGUUAGAGACCCCAAAACGAUUGAGGCCAGGUUCGGAUGACAAUGUGAUCACAACAGACAUUGAUUCAACGAAACGGUCGAUUAGGACUAGGUCUUUGAACUUCAAUUCUCCAAUUAAAAAUUCAACUCUGGCAAAAGAGGAGAGAAGAUCAGGAGUCGAUGAAGAAAUCAUCAAAUCUCUUCCCGCUUCUUUUUGGGAUUCGAUCAGAGAGAAGGAGAAGAAAGCGAUGGAAGCCAAAGCUGCUGUAGAUAAGAGCCAAGGCAUGGUGGCUUCCCUGCCUAAACUCUAUGAUAUGAUCCGACUCAUAUUUCAAGGCAUGAAUCGAUCAGUUCUCACCAAACAGGAGCUUGUUCAUAGACUAACUGUGAAUCAUCCUGAAAUUAUUGACAGAAGGGAAAUUGAAGAACAGCUAAAGUUGUUACAAGAAUUGGUUCCAGACUGGAUCACAGGAAAGAUGGCAUCCAGUGGGGAUUUUCUUUAUAGUGUGCGUGCGAUAACUGAUCCAGCAUCAGUUCAUGCUAGACUUAAGGAAGCACUAUGAGACAUUAUGCCUCAAAACAUUGGAAUGUGUUACUCAAUUGCCAAAUGAAAUCAGUUGGUUUCUGCUCUGGUUUCUGCUCGGUACAUCUCAAAUCUAGCGAGCAUCGGGAAUCAAAAGAUUGAGCUUCAGUUGUCGGGGGAGUCCAAGGUGCGAUGCCCCAUCUCAUCAUCAAUUGUUAGAGCAAAGAGUAAAGAUUCUGAGAAAAGAAUCCACCAAGUCCUAACCCCCUUGUCAAAUGCUAUUUGUGCUUGUUGCGAGCGAAUCAAUAUAAUUGGAAUUCUGGGGCCUGUAUUUGUAUAUUCAAUUGUCAUGUAUAUUAUGUCGAACCAUAAUGUGUUGUAUAUUGAAUUCAAAGAGGUGACAGAGCAUAAUGCAUUGAAUGGCCUGAUAUUUAAAGA